GGAGAGAGAUUUUGUUUUUCAGAGAAUUAGGGCAGGAAGAUCCUAGAAAGAGAGAGUCCAAAGGCGGGCAAGAGGCAACAUGGUCAUCCCGAAAACAGGAUCUACUCUUCGUCGUGCCCAGGCCUCUAGCGAGAUUGGAAAUGCUCAUAAGGUGUUUAAUGAAAUGGAGGCUAGGGAUGCAAUCACUUUUACCGCAAUGAUUUCAAGUCAUUGCAGGAUUGGUGAAUUGAGUUUUGCUCAAGAACUCUUUGAUGCCAUGCCUGAGAUAAACCAUGAAGCUUUGAUUGGUGGCUACUCAAAGGGUGGUGAUAUAGAAAAAGCAGCUUCACUCUUUGAUGAAAUGAGUCAUAAGGAUUUGGUUUUUUGGACCACCAUGACCUCUAGAUUUUCAAAAAGGGAAGGUUUAAAGAGGCAUAUGUGUUCAAAGAGAUGGGGGUCAAAGUUGUGAACCCUAAUGCAGUAACCAUAGCUACAGUGAUCUCAGCUUGAGCACACCUAGAGAGCUUUG